UGUCUCAUCAAGCUGUAGAAAAAAACCUCCUUUGUAGAAGCUGCUCCAUCUCUGGUUUGUGUCGGCUUCCUCUUUCUGUCACUGCCUGACUCGGAGCUUUUCUUCAGUUUUUUGUGACAGUCAUAUCCCUCUCUGCUCCUCUACGAUCAUCCAUCAUGCACCAUCAAGGUGUUCUCCUAAUCGCCGCCCUGCUCCUGCUGGCCACACCCCUUAUGGUUUCCUCGCAGAGCUGCCCAGCAAUGCCAGGAAUGCCAGGUAUUCCAGGGAUGCCGGGCAGAGACGGUCGAGAUGGAGAGAAGGGAGAGAAAGGACAGUCAGGGGCGGUCUGGAAAGGCGGCAACGCUCCACAGAAGGGAGAGAAGGGGGACCCAGGGUCCAUGGGAUACGCCGGUAAACGAGGUCCAAGUGGAGAAUCAGGGGAGGCUGGAAUCCCUGGUGUACCUGGACCUCCCGGACUACCCGGAGAAGCAGGGAGUGUUGGAGUCAGGCAGAAAGCAGCCUUCAGUGUAGCCAGAGGGACCAAUGAUUACCCCAGCAGAGCGAGCGUCAUCCGCUUCACCACCGUCAUCACCAACAUCAACGACGACUAUGACACAGAGACAGGACGCUUCAGAUGCCGGGUCCCAGGAACGUACUACUUCGUGUUCCAUGCCUCCAUAGACGACCGACUGUGUGUGGUGAUGAAACUGGAUAACAAGCAGCUCUCAACGUUCUGUGACCAUCGCCGCAUCAGGAGACAGGUGACUUCAGGUGGUCUGGCGGUCUACGUGGCGAGGGAUCAGGAAGUCUGGCUGGAGACUAAAGACAACAGAGGGAUGAGAGGGAAACCGGCUGGUUACAGCAUCUUCUCUGGUUUCCUGCUGCAUUCUCGCUGACCUGGGACACAGAAAAACAGCCUUUAAUCACAUUAUUACUGAACAGUUUUACAGUUUAACCUCACUGAAACUGAGCUUAUUCAUCUCUUUUUCACUUUAUCUUCUUCUGUUUUAACCUGCUAAUGUCUCAUUUAAAACUGGGUGUAAUCUCUGUUAGAUAAGGACUACACAAUAAAAAUAUCUUUGAAAAAAUCUGA